AUGAAACCAACUCAAAAUCCUGUGGAUGUGUGCAAUCCUCUGAUAUCUGGAUACACAGGCUAUGUCCCCCAAAGAUUCUAUAGAAUUGGCACUACUUAUGGAGAUGACUCAAUGGCAUGUAUGACCUCAUUCCACAAUGCUACUCAGAGAAGCAGAGACACAAAGAAUGAGCUGAGAUACAUAGCAGCCACUACACCCAAACUUCCAUCUAUUUGCUCCAAUGAAGAUGUUUUACAAGCACUUUAUGAAUAUAAUUAUAAACACCAUCCUUAUGUGCUAGGGACUGUAAUAACUAAGAGAAGUUUACUAGAGCCACCAACUCCUGGUUGGACUGGGUUUGUGCCUAGAGCAAGGGUCACGGAACUGGGAUAUGGUGUUCGUUACCAUGAAAUGACAAGAAAUUGCUAUCAGGAUUUUAAAAACUUAAGAGAUCGGGUCUGCUAUGAUCCUACCAGCAAUUUCCACAGAGGCAGAACACAUGAAGUUGAAGUUAGCAAAGUUCCCAACACAUACCAAAGAUUCUACAGGCCUGAAGGGAUGCUGCCAAAAUACAGUGGUCAUAUUCCACAUGAACAUCUUGUCACUGGGAAAACCUUUGGAAACCUGUGCAGAAGCUGCUCGGUAUGCACGCACAUGGAGGAGUCCUAUGGUGCACAUCUCACUAAGAAACGUAAUGCCACGUUGAAGCUCCCGAAGAACUUGAAAUGUAACAUGAAAAAUUGA